GUUUUCAGUCAUCUAAUUAGAAAGUAUUCCAUUUUCAGAUAUAUCCAAUAAACUUUGGGUUUGAAUGAAUUGGAUCCUAUGUAUCGUCAGUUUGCUCGUAUAUUUGAAACAUUCCGAAUAUCAGAACCAGAAAAGUCUGAGGACACAAGUAAGGACCAGUUGCAGAAGGAACCUGUUAAAGACCUAGAACUGAAGAAAGUUCCAAAGUUGGAAGACGAAUAUGAAGAGGAGGAAGAAGAAGAAGAGAAGAAGGAAGAAGAGAAAACAAAGUUGUCAAAGCGGAAGUUGAAGAAAUUGACGCGUUUGAGUGUUGCUGAAUUAAAGCAGCUUGUAAAUCGUCCUGAUGUUGUUGAAAUGCAUGAUGUGACUGCCAGGGAUCCCAAACUGCUUGUGCAACUUAAAGCCCACCGUAAUACAGUUCCAGUGCCACGUCAUUGGUGUUUUAAAAGAAAG